GUUCGAACCGCGGGACGCAGUCAAGUUUUAGCGCGAAUAGACUGGUCCCCUGUCGUCGUAUGCUAGCGCGAGAGCGUACCAGUCCACGCGAUACUCCCCGUGCUUCGCAUUCCAACACAACAAUCAGACAAUGUCCGACCCCGGUGAUUUCGAUGAACUAUUUUCGUUCAUCAAAAAGAGAAUUACUGCCAUUCAUCGCUCACCGAGCAAUGCAUACGAACAACACAUCAAUGUUUACUGCUUUGUGCAUUCGGAAAGAAAGCGGAAGGACGCUGUAGCGGCUGGCCAAGCGGCUUGGAAAGGUUCCAAAUCGAAGGAAUCGAGCAGGGCGGAUUUGUUCCGAAGUGCCGUUGCGAAAAUGGAGAAGAUCAAAACUAAACCGACCAUCAUGAAUGUAUUCGCCAGCUCUGCUGCGAAUAAACAGAAUACAGAGGAUAAAGAGCCCGCCCAACCACGAUGUGGAGCUAGUACUGAUGGUCCAAAUCCCGUUGCUGCGACUGCAUCAACUCCAACACCCGUGGCAUUGACUGAUGAGUCGGCUAGGGUGAAACGCAGCGAAGAAAAUGAAGUCCGUGCAUGUGCCUUUCUGUGUACCUCUUUGGGGGUGACAAGCGGCAAGUUACUCACAGAGGAUGUGACGACUCACCCAGAGUUCACGAGGGCUCUGACAUCCAUUGCCUCAUCACAUUUUACAUACUCUCCAUUGUUGAAGCAGUGGGAGGGAAGUGCUUAUUUCAAGAAAUCGAAAUCACAGGUUUCGACUGCCGUUUCUGAGGCAAAACUCCAGAUAAAAAAUCUUCGAGAUGAACUGAUUGAACUGUCAGACAUGACGACUGUAUCAAAGAACCUUGCAACACAGCUUCAGUCAUGUCAGCAAAAAAUGAACAAGAUGUUGGCAAUGCUGCCAACAUUUUUCAGUGUGAAAGAGGCAAUCGAAAAAGCAAUUCCCCUCCUACAGGCAUGUGUACGUUCCCAAAAACAAAGGAAAUUCAACAAGUUGACUGGACAGACUAUGUAUAAAUUGUCUGGGGAUGUCACGAGAUGACGCCAUGACUAAAAUAGACGAUACAGAAGAAAGUGUAUAGGUGUAGUGUACAGGCAGUCAUGAUACAAAUAACUAAAUUAGUAAAAUUCCAGAACGUUUCAUUUGGAAAUGUAUAUCAGCAAUUAGUAGGAGCAUAUAUACAUUUCGAGGGGAGUUACAAAAAUAUUGAUAAAUUAUAAACUAACUAUAAAAAUAUAUAUAAAAAAGGAAUUUUUAUUCACUUUACACCUAAUUGACAAACUUUAUAUUGCUGAUAUUAGCAUGCUAGCAAUACUAACAUGCUAACAUUAAACAUAAUAUAAUCGUAAGUGAUUAUCUAAGGAUCUGGCUAUGAAAAUGAUUAAAAAUGCUACUAUGCUAAUGUUAACAUAGUAGCAAUGCUAACAGAGCAUUAUUAUGUUAUAUUAUUAUUAUAAAGUGUUUUUAUGUGUGAAAUUGGCCAAAAAUGCUACUGAGCCAAUGUUAACAUGCUAGCCAUGCUAAUGUAUGAAGGUGUUGAAUAGGUUGAUGUUGAACUUUAUUCUCUCUAGAAUAUGUUUUUUCUUUUUAUAUUUUUACUUUGUUGUAGUAAAAUUAGAGUUUUUUAUAUUUUUUUCAUAAAAUUAUGACUUUUUCUUAUUCUUGCUAAUCUAUCCAUGGUAAGCAUCUGAAAAUAAACUUAUUGUCAAUCUCCAUUCCUUUGCAACUUUGUAAAACAGAGUAUUACUAACAGAGUAAUCAGACACGACCCCAUGUUAAAUUGUAAUAAUUCGUAUAAUACAUAUAAUAAUAAUGAAUAAGUCCUACAAAGACACACAAUAUUUAGAAAAUUAACAAUAUCAUCACAGUUCAUAAAAAGAUAGCUUUAUUGCACAAGGUGUCGAUCGAGUCCUUUGUUUUUUUUAAUCAAUUUUCCCCCUUUAUUUUCAUAGAAAAAGAAAAUGUCGAGUUAAACGCAAGCAGUUGCAAAUUGAAGCAAACAUUUGUCCGUUACAAGCUUUUGCAUUUCCAAAAUGUUUUUUCAUGAACCCUCUUUUGCAGAAUUGGCCACGCACCAACAUCAGAACAUGCAAAUGCUUCUGUCCUCAACUGGUGACUAAGUUAAAAAAAACACGAAAAAAAACAAAAACAAAGGAGACAAUGCAACCAAAAUGUCCUAUAAAAGAAGAAAUUGAGUUUUAUUUGUGCCUGGUUCACUCUGACAUAUUCCAGUAAAUCAAGAUAAAGCAUUUCUGUAUAAUUCUCAUUUUUUUAUACUUCAAUGAAGUCCUCUUCUGUUGCAUUACAAUAACUUCUGUUUACAGUUUACAUUGUGCCCUGGUUUCUAUAGUGAAGAUGUUGAAAAUAGUACUCAUUUAUACAAAAACACUUUCCUAUGUACACAGGUUUUCUAUUAUGGAAUAGAAACGACGUCGUAUAGAAGUGUGUGUAGUGGG